GUGAAUAAACAAGGCAUGGCAAUAGUAAUAAAUGCCAUAGGACAGCAUACAUGGUCAUGUGACAGAUAGAUUGGGUUGGGAGAGUGCAGGAAGUGGUCUGGUAAACUGGUCUGUCUGUGGAGACAUCUUGGCCAAGACCUGAAUGUGAGUAUCUGGAGGGAAAGCAUCCCAGGCAAUAAGCUCGGUGGAUCUGAAGUGGAAAUGAGGUCAGCAUUUUCAAAAGACAUAAAGCAGCUGGUAGAGUGGGCACAGAGCAGGUGAGAGAGACAGUGACAGAUGGUAACUUCAGAGGGGUAGAGCCAGAUCACUCAGAGAACUUGUAGGUGACAAGGAGGCUGCCUCUACCCCACCCACUUGCCCAAGCCUAUUUUUAGACCCUAAGGGAGCCACAAUCUCCAUUUUAACAACUCCAGACGGAGAUGCUAAUUUAUAAACAGAAGAAAAAAGUGUCUUUUGGCAAUGAAAGGCUCAGAGCACACAUCUGAAAAUCCAGAGGAAGGAGGUCUUGUGGUCAUAGGCACCGUGCAUGGAAUAUUUAUGGACAGACUUGCUUCCAAGAAGCUCUGUGCAGAUGACGAGUGUGUCUAUACUAUUUCUCUGGCUAGAGCUCAAGAAGAUUAUAAUGCCCCGGACUGUAGAUUCAUUAAUGUUAAAAAAGGGCAGCAGAUCUAUGUUUACUCAAAACUGGUAAAAGAAAAUGAAGCUGGAGAAUUUUGGGCUGGCAGUGUGUAUGGAGAGCGCCAUGAAGACGAGAUGGGAACUGUGGGCUAUUUCCCCAGAAACUUGGUUGAGGAGCAGUAUGUGUACCAGGAAGCCACCAAGGAAGUCCCAACUACGGAUAUUGACUUUUUCUGCGAGUAAGAAAUUAGACAAAUCUGCAGACAGAAAGAAAAUACCAAAAUCAAGAACAAAGCAAAAAAGAGAAAACUAACCCAAAAUCACAAAAUAUGUGUCCCUUAUUUCUGACUUUUUUCUCCAGGGUUUGUUACCUUAUUGGAGGGCUGGGGUUUGGGGCUGGAGGUGACAGAAAGGAAAGGAAGGGCUUCAACUCGGUCUCCUUUUCUGCUGGCCUGGUUGUCAAUGCGUCGUUUGGCUCUAGUGGGUGAUGGAAAGCCAUGAGUUAUUUUUCAGCCUUCUCUUACAGAGGGAUGCAUAGAAGAUGGUUUAUUUGUAGCUGUUUCUAAAUAGAAAUUCCUCCCAUCUCUUUGGCUUCCUAUAUAAACUUGGCAGAUCAUACAGUUCUUCUCUUUGGACAUAAUGUUUUCUACUUAUUUGUCUCUGUGGAAAACUGGAAUGUUAUAAUGUACCUGAAGGGACUGUAUCAUCCAAGAGUAUUCUAGGAUUGUUGUUACCUUUAAUAUUUGAUGGCUUUGGGAUGUGAAGCUGUUGGUGGGGCAAUGCUAUUUGGAAA